CUCCCUAUUCUCCUUCUUUCUCCCUACUUUCCUUCUGUCUCUCUAUUCUCUCUAUCCUCCUGUUCUGCCGCUCCCGCAUCACGAAUACUGCGAGUGAGUCAAGAUGGGAGUCCCGGCUUUUUAUCGUUGGUUGGCUGAGAAGUAUCCGGUAGUGCUGGUGGAGGUGAUCGAGGAGGAACCUGUUGUAAUCGACGGCGUCGAAGUUCCCGUGGAUACAAGCAAGAAGAACCUCAACGAUAUCGAAUAUGAUAACCUCUUCCUCGUCAUGAACGGCAUCAUUCACCCCUGCUUCCACCCCGAGGAUCGGCCAUCCCCAACUACGUAUGACGAGGUGUUCCAGUGCAUGUUUGACUAUAUUGACAGGAUAUUUGUCAUGGUGCGGCCUCGGAAGUUGCUUUUUAUGGCUAUUGAUGGCGUUGCCCCAAGGGCUAAAAUGAGCCAACAGCGAUCUAGACGGUUCAGAGCAGCAAAAGACGCGGCAGGAGUAACUAAGUUGGAAGAACCUGGCUGGAAAGAGAGGUAUUAUGAGGAAAAUUUUCUGCUAAAACUCCUGAGGAAGUUGAGUUAUACAGAAAGACGUUGUCUUGAAAUAGGCCUACGUUGGGUUAUGCACUAUUAUCGUGAAGGGGUUUGUUCUUGGCAAUGGUUUUAUCCUUAUCACUAUGCCUCCCUUGCAUCUGACCUGAAGGGCCUUAGCAAACUUAACAUAAAUUUUGAGCUGGGGACUCCAUUCAAACCGUUCGACCAGCUCCUAGGUGUUUUUCCUGCUGCAAGGGCUCAUGCUCUUCCUCAGCCAUAUAGGAAAUUGAUGACUGAUCCAAAUUCACCAAUUAUUGAUUUUUAUCCGAGUGACUUUGAAGUGGACAUGAAUGGCAAACGCUAUGCUUGGCAGGGCGUUGCAAAACUGCCUUUUAUUGAAGAAGCAGGUCUUCUUGCAGAAGUUUGGAAAAUUGAACACCUAUUAACGGCAGAGGAAACCCGGCGGAACAUUGUUAUGUUUGAAUUGCUUUUUGUCAAUUCUUGUCGUCCUCUCUCGGCAUGCAUAUGCACACUUGACAACAAAGGUAGAAAUAUGUUAGAUAAAGACCGCAUUGAGGUUAAGGAACCUAUCAAUCCUAAAGAGAGUGGCGGAAUGAAUGGUUACAUAUCACUGUAUGUUGGAGAACCUUGCCCGCCAAUUUUCAGGUCGCCUGUUGCAGGCAUGGAAAUAUUGGACAACUUAGUCAUAUGUGGGAUAUACGGACUACCAGAUAAGCAUAGGCAGAUUACUCGGCCACCUAAUGGAGUUAAAUAUCACAAGAAGAUCGUGACAGUUGGUGAUCUGAAAGCUGAGCCUGUUCUGUGGCAUGAAGAUUUUGGUCGGAGAAACUCAGAGACCGGGAGGCAAAACCCUCCAGGAUCCAUUUCUAGCAGGCAGCUUGGAGAGGCAGCACAUCGUUUCCCGGCUAACUCUCUACAAGUGAAGGUCCAAUCUAAUGGACAUGAACAUAUAAUUAAUGGACAACAUCGUCCUUAUGUUGUAACGAUGUGUCCUCCACAAUCAUUGCUUCCCGAUACGAUGCAAGUUUCCCACGCAGGAUAUCAUAGCGCGUGUAGACCUAUGUCAGCACCCCUUCCUCCCCGAGGCGCUUGGCUUUUGUCACCUUACGCUUCUAUACCUACUCAGCAAUAUGGCUAUACUCAACCUUGUCCAAGACCAUCGAUUUACAACUCUCAUCAUCAAUCAAAUUCUUAUCGAAGAAAUAACUAUGAAUGCCCUAGAUCUCAUCAUUAUGGAGGAAACACUUACUCUCAUCAUGUUUCGGGGCAUGUGAAUUAUCUUCCAGACAUGUCAGCUUCGACAGAUGUCAAUGUCUGGCCGUAUAUUUAAAUUUUCAAGUCUCUCAAUUCAA